GCCGGGACCCCCUGCCCGGAAAGCCGAGGGGGAGGAGCGGCUCGGCCGUGCGCGAGGGCGGCCAAGUUUGGCUCCGGCGCGCGCGGCUUCGUGUCCUGCGUCUGGCGAGGCGGAGGGGGACCGUCCCCUCCCGAGUUGGGCUCGGACCCCGGCGCUCAGAGCCGCUUCAGACCUCUGGGGGGCACUUUUGGUCGCCGCUCCUCUGCCGGAUCCCGUGGUCCGGGGCGCACCGGAGCCGGGCAGUGAGCCGCGCCAUGCUGGAGGACGACAUCAGCCUCGAGGCACUGACCCCCAAGGAAGCCCCCGCAGCUGAGGCCGCCGGGGCCGUGGAUGGGGAGGGCGCGCCGCCCGGCGGUCCCGGCGCACAGGCGGCCGCGAUGAGGGUCAACGAGAAGUACUCGACGCUCCCGGCCGAGGACCGCAGCGUCCACAUCAUCAACAUCUGCGCCAUCGAGGAUAUCGGCUACCUGCCGUCCGAGGGCACGCUGCUGAACUCCUUGUCUGUGGACCCGGACGCCGAGUGCAAGUACGGCCUGUACUUCCGCGACGGCAAGCGCAAGGUGGACUAUGUCCUGGUGUACCACCACAAGAGGGCCUCGGGCGGCAGGACGCUGGCCAGGAGGGCCCAGCAGGGCGACGCGGGCCCAGCCGCCCGCAGCGCCCGGCACGACCAGCCCCUGCCUGGGAAGGCGGGCCCCCUGGGCCCGGGCGAGUCCGAGCCGCCGCUGGACUACCACGAAGAUGACAAGCGCUUCCGCCGUGAGGAGUACGAGGGCAACCUGGUGGAGGCCGGCCUGGAGCUGGAGCGGGACGAGGACACAAAAAUUCACGGGGUUGGAUUUGUAAAAAUCCAUGCACCCUGGAAUGUGCUGUGCCGAGAAGCCGAGUUUUUGAAGCUGAAGAUGCCGACAAAGAAGCUGUAUCACAUCAGCGAGACUCGUGGCCUCCUCAAGAAGAUCAACUCUGUGCUCCAGAAGAUCACAGACCCCAUCCAGCCUAAGGUGGCGGAGCACAGACCCCAGACCACCAAGAGGCUCUCCUACCCCUUCUCCCGGGAGAAGCAGCACCUAUUUGAUCUGUCUGACAAGGAUUCCUUUUUCGACAGCAAAACUCGGAGCACGAUAGUCUACGAAAUCCUGAAGAGAACGACGUGUACGAAGGCCAAGUACAGCAUGGGCAUCACGAGCCUGCUGGCCAAUGGUGUCUACUCGGCGGCCUACCCCUUGCAUGAUGGAGACUACGAAGGGGACAACGUGGAGUUCAAUGACAGGAAGCUCCUGUACGAAGAGUGGGCGUGUUACGGGGUCUUCUACAAGUACCAGCCCAUCGACCUCGUCAGGCAAUAUUUUGGGGAGAAGAUUGGCCUGUACUUCGCCUGGCUGGGCGUCUACACCCAGAUGCUCAUCCCGGCCUCUGUGGUCGGCAUCAUCGUUUUCCUCUACGGAUGGGCUACUGUCGAUGACAACAUCCCCAGCAUGGAGAUGUGCGACCAGAGACACAACAUCACCAUGUGCCCGCUCUGCGACAGGACCUGCAGCUACUGGAAGAUGAGCUCCGCGUGCGCCACCGCCCGCGCCAGCCACCUCUUCGACAACCCCGCCACCGUCUUCUUCUCCAUCUUCAUGGCCCUCUGGGCCGCCACCUUCAUGGAGCACUGGAAGCGGAAACAGAUGCGGCUCAAUUACCGCUGGGACCUCACAGGCUUCGAGGAGGAGGAGGAGGCUGUCAAGGACCAUCCCAGAGCCGAAUAUGAAGCUCGAGUUCUGGAGAAGUCUCUUAGGAAAGAAUCCAAAAACAAAGAGAAGCGCCGGCACCUUCCGGAGGAGCCCACAAACAAGUGGAGGCAGAGGGUUAAGACCGCCAUGGCGGGGGUGAAAUUGACGGACAAGGUGAAGCUGACCUGGAGAGACCGGUUCCCCGCCUACUUCACCAAUUUGGUCUCUAUCAUCUUCAUGAUCGCUGUGACGUUCGCCAUCGUCCUCGGCGUCAUCAUCUACAGAAUCUCCACGGCCGCUGCCUUGGCCAUGAACUCCUCCCCGUCUGUGCGGUCCAACAUCCGGGUCACGGUCACGGCCACCGCAGUCAUCAUCAACCUGGUGGUCAUCAUCCUCCUGGACGAGGUGUACGGCUGCAUAGCCAGAUGGCUCACCAAGAUAGAGGUUCCAAAGACGGAGAAGAGCUUUGAGGAGAGGCUGAUCUUCAAGGCUUUCCUGCUCAAGUUCGUCAACUCCUACACCCCCAUCUUCUACGUGGCUUUCUUCAAAGGCCGGUUUGUUGGACGCCCGGGUGACUACGUGUACAUUUUCCGAUCUUUCCGGAUGGAGGAGUGUGCCCCGGGGGGCUGCCUGAUGGAACUCUGCAUCCAGCUGAGCAUCAUCAUGCUGGGGAAGCAGCUGAUCCAGAACAACCUGUUUGAGAUCGGCAUCCCGAAAAUGAAGAAGUUCAUCCGCUAUCUGAGGCUGAAGCACCAGAGCCCCUCGGACCACGACGAGCACGCGAAGAAGAAGCAGCGGUACGAGGUGGACUACACGCUGGAGCCCUUCGCGGGCCUUACCCCGGAGUACAUGGAGAUGAUCAUCCAGUUCGGCUUCGUCACGCUGUUUGUCGCGUCCUUCCCGCUGGCCCCGCUCUUCGCGCUCCUGAACAACAUCAUUGAGAUCCGCCUGGACGCCAAAAAGUUCGUCACUGAGCUCCGAAGGCCGGUGGCCGUCAGAGCCAAGGACAUCGGAAUCUGGUACAAUAUCCUCAGAGGCGUCGGGAAGCUUGCCGUCAUCAUCAACGCGUUUGUGAUCUCCUUCACGUCCGACUUCAUCCCUCGCCUGGUGUACCUCUACAUGUACAGUGAGAACGGGACCAUGCAUGGCUUCGUCAACCACACCCUCUCUUCCUUCAACGUCAGCGACUUCCAGAACGGCACAGCCCCCAACGACCCCCUGGGCCUGGGCUAUGAAGUGCAGAUCUGCAGGUACAAAGACUACCGGGAGCCACCAUGGUCAGAACACAAGUACGACAUCUCCAAGGACUUCUGGGCCGUCCUGGCCGCCCGGUUGGCCUUCGUCAUCGUCUUCCAGAACCUGGUCAUGUUCAUGAGCGACUUUGUGGACUGGGUCAUCCCCGACAUCCCCAAGGACAUCAGCCAGCAGAUUCACAAAGAGAAGGUGCUCAUGGUGGAGCUGUUCAUGCGCGAGGAGCAGGGCAAGCAGCAGCUGCUGGACACGUGGAUGGAGAAGGACCGGAAGAAGGCGGAGCCCUGCAACAACCACAGCCCCGCCCCCGCCGCCCCACCCCCGCCCCCGCCCCCGGAUGGCCCCGACUUCCCCGGAGGCUCCCUGUAGCCGCUGGGCAGCCCCAGCCCCGCGCACACUCUCCCUCCUGGGCAGGGGGCUUCUCACACCCACCUGGCCCCGGGGCUCCUGGGUUUGUGGCAAACCUGGAAAACCGCCUUCUAGUAGGACAGCGUUUCUCCAUCUUUUUCUACUUCGUUUUGUUUUGUUUUCUCUUGUUUUUGCACAAAACCAUUAUGCAGGGAUCCUGUUAUGCUUAGUGUUCAGCGAUGAUCAGAACGAUUGCUGGGGACAGGGUGGCGCAGCAGAUGCAGGUGCUUGUGAUGUUUGGAGCCUGGGGUCUCCUUGGCAGUUGGGAGGUGAGCCCCCAGAAGUCAUCUUCUUUAAACCCUCCUGAUGCUUUCAGAAAGGUGAGGUGGCAUUCCAAGGCAUCAGGCAAAAGCUGGUGAGAGACUUGAGGGCAAACAGAGAAAUGGAUGAGGGAUAACGAUACUGACACCCGUUCCGAACGACGUCACCUGUCUCUAGGUCGAGAAAGCCAGACUGUUUCAUCGCCUUUUCCUUCCACGGGUUCAGAAACCGACAGACUGCUGAAAGUGAAAGGUGCCCUGGCUGUGUCACUCAGACGGCCUGGGAGCCCCGGACUUCCUCAGAGAAUCGGCAGGGUGCAGGCGCUCUGCGUAAGCAGUGACGGCCCCUCUGGGGUCCCCACCGUCAGCCAUGUGCCUCCCCCGACCAUAGUGAAAGAGGAGAUGGUAGUUCUCAGUUGGUGUCUGACUCUGAGACCCCGUGAACGGUAGCCUGCCAGGCUUCCCUGUCCAUGGAAUUCUCCAGGCAAGAAUACUGGAGUGGGUGGCUGCUCUCUUCGUCAGGGGACCUUCCUGACCCAGGGAUCGAAUCUGGGCCUCCUGCGUUGCAGGCAGGUUCUUCACCGUCUAAGCCUCCAGGGAAGCCCACAGGGUGACAGGGAAGUGAGCAGUGAGAGGCUGUGGCCUCGGAGGCCCCUCUGCAGACAGCAUCAGGCUCUCAGGAAGUCUUAAGGCUUCCGGGGGUACUUUCGCAGCUCCAGCAUAUUUAUUGGGUUGGUUUGUUUGUUUAAAUCAGUUCUACAGCGGAUGUAAGGGUUUUAUCUCUGUAGCUCACAGGUGGAAGGCAUUCAUUCUAUUAGCUAACCAAAUAUCAUUGAGAGGAAUUUAAACUACUGUUACUACCAAAGAUUUUUAUUAAUAAAGGCUUCUAUUUUGGUAACACUUCUCUAUAUUUUUACUUACAGGAAUGUUACUGUUGGAAAUUAUUUUUAAAAACUUGUAAAAACAAACCUCAUAGCUGAUAGGAAUGGUCUCAACUUACAGCCCCAUUAUACUAACUGAUGAUCUGAAAUUUCUCAAGCACGAAGAGAAACGUAAGAGAAAUGUUCCAGCAAAGGGAGGGGCGAAGACACGAACGUGUUUGUCUUGAACAUGUGGUUGGUGAGCGCGGACAUUCCCGUAAGCUGUCGAUUAGGAGGGACGUCCGCAGGUGUCAUAGCUUUUUGUUAUUUGCUAAAAUCAUGCCAUCUGAUGCUUCUGCUUUCUCUUGUACAGUAAGUAGCUUGAAAUGGGGUUUUUGUAUAUAAACAUUGUAUUAAAAAUGAGGUGAUUACCAAAUAUCCUUUUAUGGAAACCAUUUCUUUUUUAAAAAGUGAAUGUACACAGUUUCACAGAGACUGAACAUGCAUCUGAAUAAAUUUGUAUACGUGACAUCUUC